UCGACUCUUACACUUCCAAGAUUCUCACCACAAAGUUCCCACUCCCACGCCCCUGGACGUGGACCAUGUCCUUACGACAUUAAUUUCUGGAGCUAACUUUGGAGCUCAUCCGCUGGUACCCAGCCAUGCGUCCUUACGCGUGGUUGUUCCUUUAAGAAAACUGAAUGAAGAAUGAAUUUGAGCCGCUCCGCACUGACGUAAGGAAGCUGGAGAGGUUGGUGUCCCUGCAGCAAGAGGCAGAUAACCGUGAUGAGGACCAGGCUGGAGCACCAGGAAUUUUUAACAUUUUGUUUUCCCCUCAGCCGUCUAGUGUGUUUUAUUAUCCCUACACUUAAAUCCGGUGUUUAGUUGGACUCCCUUGAAUUUCUCUAUGCCCAUGUAACGGUUUCGAUUUCGGACCUCCGCCCUUUUCUGUACACACCGGGGAGGUUUUAUAGAUUGCAUACGACAUUUUUCUCGUACAGUGUCCAAAGUGGGUCUAGAUGUUCUGUCGGGAAGUACAAAAGUCCUCUGGACAUUCGCGGAUGGAAUAAGAUGACACUAGAUAUUUUCUGUGGCAGAGCCUGUUGACAUUUGCUUUGCACCACUGUUGGCUUUUUUACAUACAAAAAAAAAAUGCAUCAUAACCAGGAGGAGCAGUCGGGAAAUCCAAUUAUUGCGCAGCACGGGACAGCGCACCUCAGUGACUCCAGCAGCCUGGGCUGCGGCCUCACUGACCUCCAGCCACCUGCUUAUUCUAAACUGGAUUUUAGGAAAAAUGCAGUGACAGAUGACUAUAAAAUCACAGCUCAGGUCCUCGGCCUGGGAAUCAAUGGCAAAGUGCUGGAAUGUUAUUGCAAGACGACGGGAGAGAAAUGUGCCCUAAAGAUUCUGUAUGAUACUCCUAAAGCCCGACGGGAGGUAGAGCUGCACUGGCGGGUGUCUGGAGGUCCCCACAUCGUCCCAAUACUCAGCCUGUAUGAGAACAUGCACAAGGGGAAGAAAUGCCUCCUCAUCAUAAUGGAGUGUAUGGAGGGAGGGGAGCUGUUCAGUCGCAUUCAAGCUAGAGGGGACCAGGCCUUCACAGAGAGAGAGGCAUCAGAGAUCAUGCAUGACAUUGGCACUGCCAUUGAGUACCUCCACCACAUGGAUAUUGCUCACAGAGAUGUUAAGCCAGAAAACCUGCUCUACACCACCAAGGAGAGUAACGCCACACUAAAACUGACCGACUUUGGCUUUGCGAAGGAGACGACACUGCACAACUCCCUCCAAACUCCCUGCUACACACCAUAUUAUGUUGCCCCAGAAGUGCUUGGGCCAGAGAAAUAUGACAAAUCAUGUGACAUGUGGUCUUUGGGCGUAAUCAUGUACAUUCUUCUGUGCGGGUUUCCUCCGUUCUACUCAAACACAGGUCAGGCCAUCUCUCCGGGCAUGAAGCAGAGGAUCAGGUUGGGCCAGUAUGAGUUCCCCAACCCUGAGUGGGCUGAUGUCUCCGAGGAAGCCAAACAGCUGAUCAUUCAGUUACUGAAGACAGACCCCAAUGAAAGGAUGACAAUUGGACAGUUCAUGAACCAUCCCUGGAUUAGUCAGUCAAUGGUGGUCCCUCCAACACCCCUUCACACCUCACGUGUUUUGACCGAGGACAAGGAGCUUUGGGAAGAUGUGAAGGAGGAAAUGACCACUGCCCUCGCCACCUUGCGUGUGGACUACAGCCAGGUGAAGAUCAAAGACCUGGACAGGUCCAACAACCCUCUGCUCAACAAGAGACGCAAGAGGCCCAUGCCUGGAGGUCCCGAUAGAGGAGAACAAGCUGAUUGAGGAGACAUUGAUGGAGGAGUGGUGUGUAAUAGUCACAGAGAAGUGACAUUUUCUGAAGAAGAUGGGUAAAUUAAUAUUGCACAAAAGGAGCAUAAAAGCCAGAGUGAGCUAUUUUUUCCCGUCCGUCCGUCGUAUUUUACUUACCUUUUCUCCUUUUUCAUAUCACUGCACUCAAUAGUCUAAUCAAUGUCAUUUAUUUUGAUUGGCACUACUCUUAACAUUUUAAAUAAAAUUGUGUUUUUUAUGUUUUACAGCUGUGUUGUCUCACUUUUAUACACAAAAUACAUUUUACCCUGUUUAUCUCACACAGAGAAUCAUUAGGCUAAACUUCUGUCUGUGAACUUUCUCAGUCCUUCAGGUCUAUUGGGUGAUUAUUGCUGUCUGGUGAAAAUCUGAGUAAACUGAGUGCAUCUAUUUGUGAGAAAUUGGUUGUUCUUGCUGUAAAAAAAGAGAGACUGUGUGUGGAAGUCAUAAAAGAAAUUUAUUAUGCAAGAUUACAUCCAGCUAAUACGACCUGAAGGGACUUUUGUGAUAAUUAUGUGGGUAUUGUGACAUGCAUCAAAGCACAUUCAAACCAUGAGAAGUUGAGGCGUUGACAUGCCACUUGUACAGAUCCAUCAACCCUACCAGACAUUUCCGUUCACUUGAAAUUUCUUCCUCUGAGAGGCUCUGCAAGGCCAUUAAUGCUUCCUGCUGUAUAAUGUUAACUCAUUGAGUUUUCGGCAGAAAUUGUGUUCACUUUUUCACUAAAAUGUUGAAUAAACUGAGGAAAAUGAAAACUCAAGAGCUUCAGAGAGAAACUUUGAGAAACUUUGGCACUUUGUAAGGAUAGAACAAAAUAUCGAUAUGGAAAUGUAUUGUAUUACUUACUAUUGUGAUAUGUUAUCCAUACACUAGGGCCAAAUAUCAAUAUUUUUUAUAACAUACACGUACUCUAAAUGCGUGCGUGCGUGCGUGCGUGCGUGUGUGCAUGCGUGCCAAGACUGCCUUUUGUUUCAUCUUAGUUGUCAAAUUCUGUGAAACUGACGUCACAAUGCAGUGAAUAAAUAGAUUAGGGAUAUUUUUCCUCUUUACUUACUUGUAUCACAGAUGAUUGCAAUGUAUUAAGUAUCGCAUUACUGUAUCGUGAUACCAUUGUUAUCUUGUGCAAUGUAUUGUGAUUGUAUCAUAUUGUGACACCCAUCCCUAACACAAUGUAAAAAAUAUUCCAUUACAAAUAAGUCUUGCAUUUAAAAUUUUAAUGUAUCUUAAAGUAUCAAAUUUAAAAGUAUUCAUUGGCCAGUUUGGUGAUGCUAAUUUUAUCUAUAAUUUAAUAAUAUAUCAUAUUUGAAAGACUCAUCAUAUCAUUUCUAUGUC